UCUCGGUCGGAGAUAACAAAGCGCAUAUAGAACACCGGCGUUUCUAAGACAGUCACGGAAAAUAGUCAAACACAAAUUGGGCAGAGGACGAAAUCCCAUGUCUGGAUUUAAACUGGGAAUAGUGCGCCUCGGCAGAGCGGCAGGGAAGACAAAGUAUGCCCUUCUUGAUGAGCGAGACAUAUCCUUGGUUGAGCAGUUUGUAUUUGAGGCCAGAGUGGAAGUGGAUCGAGAUGGAAAUGGAGCUAAGAUCUACGCAUAUGCUUACGAUAUUGUUAAGGGUCGAAGUUCAGGGCAGUAUCUGCAUGAAUUAUUAUGGGAACGUCACAGAGGAGGUGUAGCACACGGCUACAAAGUUGUACAUAAAAAUGGCGUGACUGUCGACAAUCGCAUGGAAAACCUCAUUCUUGUAUCCUCCAAAUGCUCAACCCCUUACUUAGAGGAACCUUCCAACAAGAACCGAGAGCAGAGCUUGUACUGGAUAGCAGUACAACAACUGCAGGGGGACCCCUUAGAACACUUUCCAGAGCCAGUAUACAACAGAUAUUACAACUCCAAUGGAGAAAUUGUAGAAAGUGAAGAAGUCAGCUGCGUGUACAACGCGUGCCACUACCGACUGUCCAACUGUAACUCUUCUGUGUAUGUUCCAGAAGACAGCUGCGUCUACUACGAGUGCCACUACCUGCCCUGCACCAACAUGGAGAAGGAAAUCAGGGAAUUCAGUAUAUGUGGCAGAUGCCAGGAAGUCAGGUAUUGUGGAACAUACUGCCAGCAGAGGGACUGGCCAGUUCAUAAACGAUACUGUCGAGAACGACGACAUUUAUUCAUAUCGGAGCGACCUCCAGAUCGAUAGCUUUACCCCUCAUAUCACAAUUCCAUCAUCUUCGCUAUAUUCCAUUGCCAUUGUGUUUCUCAGUCCCAUUGUACAUAGACAACAACACACCAUUUUAGGUGUUCUUAUUAUGUAGGAGAGUGAUAGUGAUUUGAGAGAAAGAAAUUUUUACAAAGCUGUAAGAGUUAUCUCCCCUUAACUUUGCCGGUCGUCACUUACAACAUACUCAAAGAUACUGUGUGGUGUUGUUGUGAACUUUUAGGAUGGUGUUUAAAUUUUUUUAGUAACCCUGAGGGUUAUUAAAUGAUGGACAUGUUUUGUCAAUCUGAGAGCUGACCUGAGUGUUUAAGUUUAUGGGAAUAUUUGUUUUGAUUGUUGCAUGAAGAGGCGCAUAAUAUCGAUCACAUCACUCUAUCACUUGAAAGAUUUUUAGCACUCCACAUUCCAAGCUGAGUUGUAAUGACUGCAGUGUCUUUGUUAUAGUUUUCACUUUGCUGUGAAUGCUAGAAUUCUUAAGAAAGAAAUGCUGUGGUUCAGAUAGAGCCUUUGUUUAUGAAUCUCAUUGACAUUUUUUACAUCACAUAUACUACUAAAUAGUACCAUAAUUCUGACCUUUGCCUGGGUUUUGUUUAAAGAAUACAUGUUACAAAAUCCCACCCAAAUCCUUGAUAUAAGAAUCACAGCAUUAUUUUUUCUUUUCUUCAGCCUAUAUUUGUUAUGCAUGAAAAUGAACAGAAAUCGAAGUGGUUGUUGGUUAAGUUUAAUUCCCACUUGAGUAGUUUUUUGCGUGUGUAUUUGAUGAAAAAGAGUCCAUAUUUUAGGCUUAUUUGCUGGUAUUGCACCCAUGACAUUCCUUAUAACAUAACCAAAGAUGUGUUUAUGAAGAUGUGCAAAAUGUUUGAAGGGGGAUAACUCUCAAGGCUUAAGUGUGCAUAACAAUUAAUCUUGACCUGUCAGUUGCUUAUACACUGAACAGUCCGAGUAAAACAUAAAUAUGUAUUCAUCAUGUAUUAAAUUUUUCUUGGAACAAUGGGAAAAACUGACUUGAGACACCCCCCC